AAUAGUAUGCUCCUGUCAUACAGGAAGUAGCCGACGAAGCGCUUUUGUGCAAAACCUGAACGGAAGACUUGUCCCAACUUAAAUCCAACGUUGUUGACAUGAGUGGCCCUGAAGCCCAAUUUGAUCCAAAAGAGCACCAGCACCUACGUUAUAACCCUCUGAGGGACAGUUGGGUCCUAGUCUCAGCCCACCGCAUGAAAAGACCAUGGACCGGUCAGGUGGAAAAACCUCCAGAGGAAUGUGUACCGAGAUAUGAUCCAUACAAUCCACUAUGUCCCGGAAACACACGUGCUAAUGGAGAGAAAAAUCCCGAAUACAAAAGCACGUUUGUUUUUGAAAAUGACUUUCCUGCCAUCCAGCCAGAUUCUCCAGAUCCUGCUUCCGGUCAACAUCCAUUGUUUCAAUCGAAAGCAGCCACAGGGGUGUGUAAGGUCAUGUGUUUCCAUCCCUGGUCUGAUGUCACCCUUCCUCUCAUGAAAAAAGAAGAGGUUGUCACUGUGAUUGACAAGUGGGCGGAGCUCAUGGAAGAACUGGGCGCCACCUACCCAUGGGUUCAGAUCUUUGAAAAUAAAGGAGCAAUGAUGGGUUGUUCCAAUCCACAUCCCCACUGUCAGGUGUGGGCAAGCAGCUUCCUCCCAAAUGAGCCAACUCUGUCCGAUCGAUGUCAGAAAGCGUUCUAUGAAAAGUACCAAGAACCAUUGCUGCUGCAAUAUGCCAAACAAGAAGUUGCUAAAAAGGAACGCGUGGUGGUGAUGAACCCUCAUUGGCUGGCAGUGGUUCCCUACUGGGCGACGUGGCCCUAUCAGUUGCUGCUGUUGCCACGACGACAUGUCCUCCGAAUCAACGAGUUGACCACAGAGGAAAGGGAGAGUCUGGCUGACAUUAUGAAGCGACUGCUGACCAAAUACGACAAUCUAUUUAAUGUGUCCUUUCCCUACUCCAUGGGUUGGCAUGGAGCCCCGACUGGCCCCUACUUAAAGGAAGACAACUCACAUUGGCAACUGCACGCUCACUACUACCCUCCUCUGCUGCGUUCGGCCACAGUUAAGAAGUUCAUGGUCGGCUAUGAGAUGCUUGCAAUGGAGCAGCGGGACCUCACUCCUGAACAGGCUGCAGAGAAGUUACGGAAUCUACCAGAUGAGCACUACAAAAGUAGACACGGAGAAGAAAAAUGAGUGGGAAUGUCAAAUCAAGUCAAUUUAAAAUAAAAAAACGGCAAUAUUGCAAACUAACACAUUUGUAUGUCUUACCCGCUCAUGAGUUAUCAUAUCUGCCUGACAGUUUGAAGGUGUGUUUGAAUGAUUUUGGUCAAAUGAAUAAAAAGAAAACUCAGAAAUGCUGUUAGCAGGACUUUUGUCACGAUUAUGAAACCGUUUAAUUACAGCACACGGCCAUGUUGUUGACAAGUUGAAAUCUUUUUGGUUUUUCAUCACAGGUGUCCCUUAAUUUAAAAAAAAAAACAAAAGGCCGGUACAAAUAAAUGAUCGUGGAAAAUGACGUUUUUUUUGUUUUUCUUGAGGCUGUUAGUUUGCUUUUGUUCCAAAUAUUGAUUUCAUCGACAUUGAGAAGGUCACACAAAAGAGAAUACAGGACCAUGACAAAAGUACCGAUUGAGUUGAAAAUGGAAAAAUUGGACAAGUCUCACUCGCACACACAUUUUAGCAACAACAGAGGGCACUGUUGCUCAAAAAGUCAGGUUGAGGAGGACCAAGCGUUUAGACCUAGCUGGGUCAACUGGCCAGAUCAUUCUUUGGUGAGUUAAAAAAAAGAAAAAAAUUCAUAUACAAUUCAGUCAAUGUGUAUGUAGUUGAUUGAAAUAAUAAAAUGAUGCUAAUUUGUUGUAUUUUGAGUAUUAUAGUUAAUUUAUUAUUUUAAUCACAAAAUGGCUUUAACUCAUUUGAAUUCAAUAUGUUCAAAAAAUUCAUUGAAUAUUUAAGGAAGAAUACAAAUGGAGGAACCCUCGUGAGGAUAAUCAGUUCAGAUUCAGAUCAUAACAAAUGGAGGAACUACAGCAAUGAAAGGUGAUGAUUUUUACGUGAAGAACAGAAUUACAGAAAAAACAUUGUGCCAGUGAAUAACACUGAGAUUUGUGCAAAACAAAGCCUCAAGACGUUUGCGUCAGGGCUAGUGCUUUUGUUGAAUAAUUUGUCUUGUUCUCUUUUCGGGAUUACAGUACACAAAAAAAAAAAGACGGAAUCGAUUAUUUUGCCACAUAUGGUGGAUGCAUGGACCAUUAAUUUUGGAGGUGGAUAAAAUGUGUAUUGAUGUAACAGACUUGCGACAAAUGUGUUUAUACCCCAACAUGAGCCCGCUUUUUCCAUUUCACGUUUUUUUCAUUCAUCUUGCUAAAUCGUGAUAUGUUAGGGCACGUACAACAUUUUUUUUUCGCCUCAUGCUUGCACAUAAAAUAAAAAGAAAGUAUAACUGACUUGUUUCUUAGAAUUGCGUCACUUUAUCUGCCCCCCUCACCCCUCACCGCCCCCUUUUUGCCUGAAAGUAAAUAAACACGAUGAAGAGUG